CGAAGCCGCAACGUCCAGCAAAGCCCAGACAUGUGCUGCCGUAUCACCGUCGCCUCCUCUCUGCUGCUCGUUGCCGCCCUGGCCGUCGCCGAGAUAGCGACACCUCUCGGCGUCAAGACAUGUGCUGACGACCAGCCUAACGUCGUCGAAUGUCGGCGGAAGGCUCUGCAGGACGCAGUGCCACAUCUGGCUACUGGCAUUCCGCAGAUGGGUGCCGCACCCAUCGACCCCCUGGAAGAGCUGCCACCGCUGACGUGGCAGACCAACUCCAGAGGGAUGGCCCUCAAGUUCCGUCUCGACAACGCCCGUUUCAGCGGCCUGGGCCGCUCCGUCGUCGACAACCUGCAGGUGGAUAACGUCAACAACCGCAUCCGCGUCGUUACCCACAUUGACGGCGUCAACGCGUUAGAGGGCGCCUACGCCAUGUCCGGAAAAGUCCUUGGCGUCCCUCUGGACGGCAGUGGUUCCUUCAAGGUUUCUAUGCGCGGAGGAAACGCGGACGUGACGUACGCUGGACACCUCGAGGCUGCUGACGGUGAUCAGUCAUACCUCAAGGUGGACUCUGUCAGCGUCAAGCUCGACUUGGGCCAAAGCCAGUAUGAACUCACUGGCCUCUUCGGGGACUACAAGCCUCUAGUGCACGCCGGAAAUAUGUUCAUAAACAGCGUCGCCACGAAUGUUGUCCAACCCGAACUCCUGCCGACGCUGGAGAAAUGGUUGGCCGAAGUAUACCGCCAGCGUGCACAAGCAGUCUUCAGUAGUGUACCCUACGACCAGCUCUUCCCAAAGAGGUCCGUUUAAAACGAUUCCUUCAGUGCGGUCAAACCACAACAUGCUUGAUGUCUCAAUUAUUGCAAAACUUCCUAUUUAUUGCAUGGAAACUAUAUUUCCAUCACUAAUGAAACGAGGCGGCUUAUAUGUCCGCAGUUGUUUGACUGCAUAAAACAGGCUAUUUGUUUAAGAUUGCUAAUAUCAGCGCACGUGAGAUCCGUAUCUACCCGAAGACUGCAGUUGCAACAAUGCACACAUUUCAUUCGUUUCUAAGGCUCACGCUACUUAUAUUAAAGUACUAACGUAGACAUUUCUCCCCCUGUAAGAUAAUUUAGUUAGUAAUUAGUUUCACACACCAGGACAUUUCGGUAAAAUACAAAUUUAAUUGCUGAGCGAGGUAGAGCAAUAUUCAAGACAUUAAACUCUCUAUGGUGUUCAAACCAUCGUCUGUCCAUCCAAAUUUGGUUUUUCUGACGUUUUCCUAAAUCAUUUAAAGUACAUACUGGGAGGGAUCCAUCGACGACGUCACAGACAAGUUCUUCCUCACCCUUCUCAAUUUCAGCUCCUAAUCACUGUAACUAGGUUUGUGUGUACUGACCUUAAUAAACAAGAACCCUAUGACGGGCCUUAUGUAACAAACCAAUUUCAGUUAUGGUUUGGUUGAAUUCGGCCCAGAAACUUUAAUCGGGAUAGCACUUGUAUAGACAUUCCACACAAUCGAUGAAGGUGUCUCUUUACUUGAUGCUUCACUGUGCUGAGCUUCAUCGGAUUAGGUGUUUUUCAUGCUGUUUUACAUAAGAGCAGAAUCUAUAGAUAUCAAAGUUUAUAACAAAUCUCUCAUGUUGAGUACAAGGUGGUCAGUAUUGAUGAAAGCGCACUGGUGUUUCAAAUCGUAAAUUACGAACAUUGACAGAAAAUGUUUCAGUUUUUGGAAAUCUUAUUUUCUGUCGUAGUACGUCUACAGCAUUUUAUUUUCUCGAGCUGUCAGUUAUAUCAAACUUUGUGCACUCUCUUUAUAGCCGACAAAGACAAAGAACCAAUGCAAUACUACCGUGUCUUCGAGUACAUACUGGAAUCAAAGGCGCUGAUGACUUACAGAGAGCAAAUUUCUUUUACGUACACAGAUAAGACUCUCGAAACACGUUCUUACUUCAAAGUAAGCACGGCAGUACUUCGAAUAUAUACAUACUACAAAUUAACAGUAUAUUUUUAUUAAAAAAGACAUUCUGGGUAGGACCAGUUUGUCGAAGAAUCGGUAAUGACUGUUAUAUUAAUUCUAGUGUUAAAUAACGAUAUAACUGUGUGUAUGUUUCGAAAUAUUUUAAUUUUGUGAAAUAUUGUGUCAUAAGUAAUAAAAACAUCUGCGACUAAUUUGA